GCUCGUGCCGCUGCGCGUGUGCGCAAACCGCCGCCUGAUAGGUCGGAGCAGCUGCCGCAAACAGCCUGAGGAGAACGCUUCAUUCACGGAGAAGCCGGCGGGGGUUAUUUUUAGGGAGGAGGAGGAGGUGACAGCAGCAGACGCCUUCGCAAACAUUCCCACAUCGCCUCGCUCCACCUUGAAUUAACGCAGGAUGUCAGCGUCGCGCCGUGCGUAAAGAGGCUGCGCGCGGCGCCGCGGAGACGUUUUUUCAGCCAGUUUCAUCCUGACGACGCAUCCGCUGCUGCUGCUUUACCGAGCGGACCGUCGGUGCUGCAGGCCGGAUCUUUGCUGCUGCUGCUGAGGAUUAAAAAAAAGAAAAAAGAAUUCAGGGUUUUAUUUUUAUUUUUAUUUUUGGUUUGUUUGUGUUUGGAGGGGGAGCGCGCGGACACCGAGCGAGCUGCCUCCAUCAGGUGCAGAGCGAACAGAGAGAGAGACCCUCCCAGCGAGAUGGCGAAGGCAGACCAGCGUUUCGGCCAGCGGGACGGCUCGGACCAGAACUUUGACUACAUGUUCAAGCUGCUGAUCAUCGGGAACAGCAGCGUCGGGAAAACGUCCUUCCUGUUCCGCUACGCCGACGACUCCUUCAGCAACUCUUUCGUCAGCACCGUGGGCAUCGACUUCAAGGUGAAGACGGUGUACCGCAACGACAAGAGGAUCAAGCUGCAGAUCUGGGACACGGCGGGGCAGGAGCGUUACCGGACCAUCACCACGGCCUAUUACCGCGGCGCCAUGGGCUUCAUCCUCAUGUAUGACAUCACCAACGAGGAGUCCUUCAACGCCGUCCAGGACUGGGCCACUCAGAUUAAGACGUACUCAUGGGACAACGCCCAGGUGAUCAUGGUGGGCAACAAGUGCGACAUGGACGAGGAGAGAGUCGUACCUCCGGAGAAAGGGAAACACCUCGCCGACCAGUUAGGCUUUGAGUACUACGAGGCGAGCGCCAAGGAGAACAUCAACGUGCGGCAGGUCUUCGAGCGCCUGGUGGACAUCAUCUGCGUGAAGAUGUCGGAGCGGGUUGACGUGGAGGCGCCGGUGGCUCCCGGCACCAAGACCACCAGACUGACCGACAAGCCCGCCCAGCUACCUCAGAAGUGCUGCUGAUCGCCGGUCGACGUCCGUCCCUCUGCCGGCGCCUCGUCCGCUCCCCCAAGCUCUCUAGAAAAGAAAAAAACAGAUCAACUAUUGUAACAUUCCUCGACACACUCUCUCCCUGCUUCAGUCCAUGUUUGUGAGCAGUCAAUAAUCACAUUUAUAUAGCCAGUCCAUGCCGACCCCUUCCCCAGGUGCCCCAUGUUGGAGUAAGGGUGGCAGUGCGCUCCACACUAGAUCUCUUUCAUUUGGCGACUCGAUUAUCUCGCUAUGACGAAACGCAGCCGGUUUGUUUAAAGACGCUCUAACACACAGGAAGUUCAUCGCCACGCGGAGGUCACCGAACCACUGCCGCUGACCAAUGACCCGCUAAAACGCCAGCCAGCGGAUGAAUGUUAGCACUCGUCGGUUACAGUGACGGUGAUGUAACAGAAAGGAGUCAUGCUCCUUCACGAUGUGAAUGUCUUUAAGCAGACGAGGCCGUUAUGUCACAGAGACCAAGAUUCAUGAAUCAUAGAGCAGCACUCAUCAGCUCAUGAAGCGCUGCGUCAUUUGACAUGCAUCAUGUGACGUCUGAUGUCUAAACCAGACGAGCAUCAGUGCAGAGGGUGCUCGUGUACACACACACACACACACACACACACACACACACACACACAUGUGAUUUCAGUGUGGAGCGUACUGCUGCAGGAGGUGACAGCAGGUCACAGGUAAGCACAGCACUGCCUCUCCUCUCAAAGUGUAGCACAAACUUACAGCCACAGCUGCUCAUGUUCACAAGUUUACAGGUCGCAGUCAUUCACCUGCUGAGUCACCUGCUGAAAACCAUCAGAUAAGCUGCUUCUCAGAUAGCUAGUAACUGGAAUACAAUAUGCCUAUAGCUCACUAACUGUUACUGGCCUUACUUUGUGCUGUUUAUGGCUUGAAAGACGCUUUAGGGCUACACCACCGAUGCACAACUCCCAGACAGGGCUGCAGCCCAAAUCAUGCGAGUCAGAGGUUCAACAGGAGCGGGUCGAGUCCGAAACACAAGUCCGAUUCUCUGCAGUGUUUGUAAGUUAAACAGAGAACGUCAUGUAGGUUCAUUCAGAUUAUGAAUGUCGGUAUCAACAAACCAAUGCACAGUGUGCACUGCAACAUUACUAACAACGCUUAACUAACGUUUAUGCAACACAACCAUCAGCAGUUUGAAUGCAAACGAACAGAAGCUGCAUCUCAGAAUUACGACAUCAGUAACCAGAAUAUGAGACAUGGACGUCCUCUGGCAUGUUUUAAAAUAUUUCAACUCUUGAAAGUUUUUCAGUGACAAACACAAAACAAAUUUAAAGUCUGACAAUCCAGAUUUGAACGUUUGACGUUUAUGAGCACGGCGUUUGUUUCCCGUGUCCUUAGCAUGAUCUCUGCAGCCUCCUGCAGCUGUUUGGGCAGACUGUGUGUAGAACAGGUUUUUAUCUGGUGCACUGUUCUUAACACGGCACUCAACAUUAAUUCAUUCAAAUAUCAGAAGCGUUAUACAAACAUCAGUUCUGACAGUCUGCAGCCGACCGUGCUGUCAUGUCGACGUAUUGAUUUGUGGCGCCUCGUUGUGCUGUCAGUUAACACAAUGUUAGAGCUCCGUCAGAGAACGAGACGUGCAAAGUGACAAAGCUUUGAAGAAGAAGGCGUGUUCGACUUCAAACCGUCCGUCAGGUUUCUCUCCUGCUUUACUCGCAGAACUUCUCUGUUCUUACAAAUCUACAUGUCAGCGAUGUACCAGGCAUGUUUUCAUCUCUGCCUCUCUCCUGUGGUAUUUUUCAGAUCGGUGACUACAAAGAUUCACAAAACAACUACAAAGAGACACACACGACUACAAAGAGACACAAAACGACUACAA